AUGAUGAAGAGAUUUGCGUUCGAGGAGAGGGAGAUGGCGCGCGUGCUGCUGCUCGUAUCACGGGAGCAGGCGAUGCCGAUGCCCGCGCGCGGCGACCGCGCUCCAGAGCGCGCGUUCGUGUGCAAGACGUGCGACCGCGUGUUCCCGUCGUUCCAGGCGCUGGGCGGGCACCGUGCCAGCCACAAGAAGCCACGUCUGGAUGGCGACGGCGAUUUCAAGCCCAAGAUGCACGGCUGCUCCAUCUGCGGCCUUGAGUUCGCCGUUGGCCAGGCGCUCGGCGGCCACAUGAGGCGUCACCGUGCCAUGGUUGCUGGAGGCCAUGGCGUCACGGCGGUGCGGCCGGCGAUAACGACCAACAACCCUAAUGACAAUAGCAACGCCGUUGUGGUUGUUGGCAGCGCAGGCGGCAUCAAGCGCGGGCUGUGGCUCGACCUGAACCAACCGCCGUGUGACGAUCUGUGUGGCAGCGACGUCGAUCACGGCGAGUGCGGCCAUGACGCCGCAACCGCUGGGUACACGUUCCACCAGUUCUUGGAUGCCGGCACCAUGGCGGUGGACUGCGUCGGCUACUAG